CCGGACUUGUUGGGCAUCCAAAGCUGGUGCAGCCUUCUGAUCUUUCCAUGGGUGGAUGUGGUGUGACCAGUCCGGCCGGUGCUCAGCCCUUUGUGAUUGAAGCGCCUCUGCAGGGCUGUGGGAGCACCGUGGAGAUGCUGGGAGCUCUCAUAGUGUACACCUUCACCCUGGACUACAAUCCUUCUCCAAUUGAUGGUCUUCCCAUUGUAAGAACAAAUCCAGCUGUGGUGCAGAUUGAAUGCCAAUACAACAGGCUACACAAUGUAAACAGCAAUGCAUUAAACCCCACUUGGGUUCCCUACACCUCCACGAUAUCUGCUGAGGAUAUUCUGGGCUUCUCGCUGGUUAUAAUGAGCAGUGACUGGAGUGGGCCGAGUCCAUCCAACACCUUCUUCCUAGGAGACCUAAUUAACCUUCAAGCAUCUGUGGACAGCACUAACCAUGAGCCUCUCUGUGUCUUUGUGGACAGCUGUGUGGCCACUCCUGGAUCCAAUGCAUCUGCCCCGGCCUACACGUUCAUUGGGAAUAAUGGGUGUUUCUUGGACAGUAAACUGACAGGCUCAAUUUCCCAGUUCAUGUCCCCCAGAGUUGCCCAGUCUGUCAUGCAGUUCCAGCUGGAUGCCUUCAGGUUUUAUGGUCUGACUACUAGUUCAGUCGCUCCUUUGUCUUCUGUAUCUCAGUCCCUGUCUCCUCAGCAAGACCAAGGCUUUGCAGGCUCCCAGUUCCAAGAUACCAUCCUUGGUGCUGUU